CUGCCCUCUCCACCGCGUCGGAGGUCGGAGGGCGAAAACAGGUUCAUACCCGAGGACCCUUAUUCGGUGCGAUUCUGCAGGUGAGAUUUGCUCGAUCGUAUACAUUAUAAGGUAAAACCAGCGCCGAUGAUGUUGUGGUCGUGGAGGUUGAUCAAGACGGACGCGACGGUCUCAUGCUGCCUACGAGUGGCCAAGGAUUUGUUUUUUUUUUGUUUUUUUUUUUUUUUUGUUUUUUUUUCUUCCUUCUCUUUUCUUUUCUUUCUUUCUUUCUUCUCUCUUCUUUUCUUAGACAAAGGCCCCAUUACAAGUCGAGCACCAUGCGGAUACGUUCAUCAUUUGUUUAGGAAUUAAAUUGCGGGUGAGGUACAGCGGACGGAUUCUGCGU